AUGCGUGCCUCCGUCAUCCUCGCCGGCCUUGCCAGCCUCGUUGCUGCUGCUCCCUCGGUCCAGAUCUCUGCCGGCGACAUUCCUGCCGGCGAGAUUGGCAUCAUCUUCACCUACACCAACGGCUCUCAGUCCGCACAAACGUCAGUUGCUAACAGCAUCUCCCAGGUGCCUCUUAACAGCGGCGGCAUUGUCGACAACGUCUUUGUCCACCCUCCCUCGAACCCUGCUGUGCCCGGCCACUACCUUGGUGCCAGCUGCGCAUUCUUGGAUUUCCAGAGCCGUGGCCUGGGUGUUGGCCACGUCAACGGCCCUGGCAUCAUCAUCCUCGAGUCCAAGGACGUCAUUGAGUACGUCCAGUGCAACACUGAUUAA